AUGAUUCAUAAAGCUUUUACGGACUUAGAAAAUUCACCAACAGAUUCUCGUUUUGUUAUUCAUGAAGUUGAUGAAAAUGGAACCCGAAAGCAAAUAUUUAAAUCUAAUAUUGAAACAGAUUCUAUUUCAAAGUCUGAAAAAUUAAACGUUUCAUACGGCCAUGCUCCUACAGAAUUUAGAACCCCCAAAACAACAAACAUAUAUAAUAUGUUUAUUCAAAUAUUCUUACCAUCGGGUUAUCCCAAUAGUGUUAAAAGUGACUAUACCCCGUACCAAAUUUACGAUUCAUUUCAAGCUUUUUCUUCUUCAAUUGCAUCACUAUUUGCAAAUCGUGCUGUUUUGACAGCAGUUGGAGUUGGAGAUGACUCUGCUACAUCCACUUCUGCUCUUUUUAUGAAAAUUAUUCAGGAAACUGUUGGUCGUCUUGGUACUAUACUCUUUGCUUGGAAAUAUGGAUCUAGUCUAGAACCAGAAUGCAAAAAAUAUCGGUUUUUAGCGGAUAUUGUAAACGACACUGCGAUAUUUUUUGACUGUAUUUCUCCAUUUUUUCCUUUUAAUAAGUCUAUAACAGUUUUCACACUUUGUAUUUCCGGUUUUUUUCGGAGUAUAUGUGGCGUUAUGGCUGGUGGAUCAAGAGCUGCUUUGACGUUGCAUUUUACACAGCCAGAACGUGGCUCAAUUGCAGACGUUAAUGCUAAAGAUCAAUCUCAAGAAACAGUAAUUUCGUUAAUUGGAAUGAUUGCUGGCUCUUUGGUUGUUGGAGUUGUUCCAUCUGAAGGCUUAUUAAUGUGGGUAGUGAUGCUAAUGCUUUUAACAAUUCAUUUAUAUACAAAUUACCAGGCAGUUAGUAAUGUGGUAAUGCAAUCAUUGAAUCGACAAAGGACUAAUAUAUUAUUCUCUGAUAUUACUAAAUCGCUUGAAGAGCUUGAUCAAUCAAGGUUAAAUGAUAGUGAUCGUGCUGUAGCUCUUUCUAAACUGGUUUUAACUCCUACAAAAGUAUCUAAAAAAGAAAAUAUUUUAUCUUCUAGUCAAUUAAUUAGAGACUCGAAUAAUAAUAUCAUUGGAAGUGGUAAGUUUGUGGAGUUUAGUAUGAUACAACAUUUAGUUUUAAAGUCGGAUAUAUCACUAUUAGAUAUUAUUUCUGCUACUUUGAAACAUGGUUACAUUUUAUUUUUUGUUCAAGGCCCUUCAUCGACUCCAAACAUUUACAUUUCGUUAGUAGAUGAUGACGAUUGUUCUAAAUCGCCUUUUUUCGAUCGCGAUGUAAAAUCAUGGGUACACGCUUUUCUGAUUUGCCGCUAUCUCCAAAAAGAAAAGAUAGGUAAAGUGGAAAUACUAGACAUUAUCAAGUCUACCACUAAUCAGUUAGAUUAUUUAUUUACAACUAUGGAUAUCUCUUUUAGUCUUGAAAAGGCUGGUUGGGAUUUACAUACGAGGUCCAUUGUUACAAAUUCCGUUAAAAAAUUGAAAUUUUCGUUUGGUGGAUAA